CACGAGGUGACAUGCUAUCACAAUAACAGUUUUAUACAGCCUCGCUAUUAAUUAACUAAAAUUAGGCUAGCUUGUUUAUUUCAAAUGAUAACAAUAUCGUUAUCACUCCAAGGAUAUAUGGAUCCCCACUAGUUUCAUUCUAUAUAAAACGGUUAUUGUGAUAGCUUGUUGAAGUCAGUUGAUUGUUAAACUCGUUAGAUUUUGUGUUGUCGGUGUUGAGACCUGUGCUCCUCCAAGUUUUUCUGUACUCAGUUCCUGGAUAAAAAUAGUGUCGCAUAGUGUGUUGAACUAAAUCUGUGUCGUCCCGUUAGCUGUUGAUUUUUUUUAUUUCUUCUCAAUCUGGCUGUUAAGAGAGGAAUGCUGAGAACGACAAAGGACUGUUUAGGCCUCCGCGUUCGUCUCAAUUCUUUGCACCAAACGUGGAAGUGGUUACACCAAACUAUUACUCUUCACGAUUACUUAAUUGCCCUUACAUCAGCUUCUAAAAACGCCUGUUGUAGAGACUUUCUAACUCAUUGAGUUACUUUUUAUAGGGCACAACAUUUCCAAAAUAUUAUUGCCAACUGUUUGCGUUGGGUUAAUUUUCCAGACUUGUCUUUAAUAAGACCAAAUUAUAAUGGCUCUGUUUAAACGUUCUUCCCUCAAAAUCAGCUCCAUAACAACUAGCUUCUUUGUUAGGAAUUUCUCAAAGACUGAUUCUGUUAAAGGAAAAAAUAUCAAAAAAUCUGUUUUUGUUUCGCAGUCAAAAGAUAUAUACACUAACUUGGCCUUACAAGAAUGGCUGUAUAAAAAGUUUGAUUUUACAAAUCAUCACGUAUUAAUGAUUUGGCAGAAUGAUCCAUGUGUAAUUAUUGGAGUUCAUCAAAACCCAUGGUUAGAGACUAACUAUGCUGACCUCAAUGAAAAUGGGGUUCAUCUGGCAAGAAGAUGCAGCAAUGGAGAAGCCAUGUACCAAGAUAAUGGAAAUCUUAAUCUCACAUUCUUCUCUCCUCGUGGCAGAUAUAAUUCAAAAUAUAACACAGAAAUAAUUUCAAGAGGUUUAUUUAGGGAAUUUGGACUUAAAAUUAACACAGACGAUGAAGAGCUGUUAAUUAGAAAUAAUAAACAAUUUUCCUGUAAGGCUGCUAAAAUUGGUGAACAAAAUGCAUACAAUUUUUACUCCCUUAUGGUCAGAAUGAAUAAAGUUGAUGAAAACAUAGUUCUUCAGAAACAUAAUGUUGCUAUAAAAACUGGUCCAACUAUAAGCACCGAUACCUACAUUAAAAAGAUGAACCUAUGCGAAGAGAAUCCACAAAUUUCGUCUGAAUCUGUUGUAAAAGCUGUAGGAUGGGAAUUCUUAAGAACGAAACCUUUAAGUUUAGAAGACGCAGGAAUAGAAUAUGCAAAUCAACAAAAAGGUUUCCAUUUAGUUAACCCAACAGAAAGUUGGUUUCCAGGUUUAAAUGAAAUCCGUGAUACUUACAAUAGCUGGGAUUGGUGCUAUGGUAAAACCCCAUCAUUUAAUGUUAGCCAAACCUUCAAUGUUCCUGGAGAGUGGAAUCAAAAUUCUGGUGCCUCCACUCAAAUCAAAGUGACCAUGAAAGUGGAGAAUGGUAGAAUUGCAGAUAUCAUAAUUUUUAUCCCUUAUGGAUCUUUAUCAAUGGGAGAAACCAAGGCAGUCCACAAUUUUAGAGGAAAAAAGUUCUCUAUUCGAACCCUUAACGACUUGGAAGAAUCUCUUGGAGGGCUCCUGUUAGAUGACAGAGAUAAAUCUGUUAGCCAAUGUUUGAAGCAAGUCACAUCCCAUGCAUAAAGUGAUAUUUUUCUUUCUCAACUAAUAAAAAGACUGAAGUGUGUUAACUUAGAUUUUCGUAUUAGAAUUUAAUUUUUGUACUAACAUCCUACGUUCUUAAGAUAUAUUUAGAAUUAAAUUACUAACCCAUUUAAAACAUUAAAAAAAUCAUGCAUCAAAAUACUUCAGGUUUAAGUUGAUAUAAAAAUUUGUUUGUUUGAAAAUUUAGAUAUUAUACAUUUAGAUAAAACCAAAUUCAGAGACCGAAUUUUAAUUAAUUUAUUUAAAUUCGGGCUAUAUUUAAAAAAAUGCUUCUAUUUUUAGGAACUUUAAUUUUUUAUCUAUCUAUUUUUUUUUAAUUUAAGUUAUCUGCAUAUUACCAUGCAGUCAGCAAGAAUUAAUCAUAUCACUAUUUUAUAAUUCAUAUUCUCUUGUAUUAGAUUUAAUUUGGCUUAUUCAUUAUAAGACUUUGGUUGAUUAAGUUAUUAAGAUAGUUUCAACAUUAUUUUGAAACUGUUGUGCCUUAGAAAAGUGAAUUUAAUCUAGAUUUAAUGUUUAUGCGUAGUUACAUUUUUAUGAAAUAUAUAUUUUAUUAU